GUAUUGAGGCUAUACAAGAGGCUCUAAUUGCGCUCACAAAACUAAUAACAUCAUUAUCAAAAGAGUUUCGGCAAUUCCGUGAUGUCUCAUUGGUUAAGCAGACGGCUGAGCAGGAGUGGCAUCAGGAAAUAAAGAACUUAAUUACCUGUAGAGACUUUACUAGUCUAAUGAGGCG